UCGAGUUUUACUUUCACUUUUCCUUUAUCAACAAUGCAGAAGUAAUAUAUGACCGAUUUGAAACGUUGUUUUUCAUGACCAUGAACUCCAGACUUCCCACAGAUACCAAUGAUCUUGAGAAGAAUGAAAAUGACAGAGCGACUCACGAUGCAGAUUCAAAGAAAUUAACAUCAACAAUAAAAUUAGAAGAUGAGAACAUAGGAAGUAUAAGGUUUUACCCGCCUUUAUUUAUGCAACGAUACUCAUUUACAGCUAAAGUAUUGGAGAAACACGAUGUUAAAUGGGUGGCUGAUCUGGGUUGCUCGGAGUGUGGAAUCGUCCGUUUCUACAGGGAGGUUCCAUCGUUACACAAGAUACAACUAGUGGAUAUUGACCGACCUACGCUGGAAUUCAAUAAAAAUCUUAUCAAGCCACGCCCAUCUGAUUACAUAUUUAAGAGGGAAAACCCACUAAGUAUUGAAAUUUAUGAGGGAAGUGCAACAGAUUUAGACCAAAGAAUCAUUGGGUGUGAUGCAGUUUCAAUGGUUGAAUUUAUAGAGCACUUGUAUCCAGAGACUCUAAAACAAGUUGAAGAAUCAGUCUUUGGCCGCCUUCACCCCUCCCUCGUUGUAGUCACCACCCCUAACUACGAGUUUAACAGCCUCUUCCCAGGAGAGCCGAGAUUUAGGCACUAUGACCAUAAGUUUGAAUGGACCAGAAGUGAAUUUCAAAAGUGGGGUCAAGACAUCUGUGAAAGGUACAAUUACAAUGUGGAGUUCAGUGGGAUCGGUGACCCUCCCACGGAGUCCCAGGAUGUCGGUUAUUGUUCUCAGGCAGCCAUCUUCAUUUCAUCUUCCCCGCGUCAAAUUUAUGUAGACAUAGAUCAUUGUCACCAUUAUUCCUUGGUAGCUGAAUCAACAUUUCCUCACAAAGAUAAAGCCAAGCUAACCUCAGAUGAAAUCUUAAAGUUAGAGGUCCCCUACACCAUUAACUUACUGAAGCAUGGCCGGUCACUCAUGGACACUGACCAUUCCAGUGAGGGGGAGGAUGAGGAUGAAGACCAAGUUCUGAUCCCCAUUUCACGACUGAUGAAUUUUAGUACAAUUUCCAAAAUAGUUGAUGAAGACAGCCUAAGAAAGUUUUUAGUUGAAAAUGGGUACCAGUUCACUGGGGACCAGUCUAAGAUAAUCAUCCCGCUAGAAGUUGAAUGGAAUGAUAUGUAUGGAAGUGACUAUGAAGACUUUGAAACGGAAAUACCUGCAGGUCAGACAAUUUCAGUCUCCACCAAUGAUGCCCAAGAGUUGGAGUAGAAGCAGGACUUGAGAGAGAGUUAUUUCAUUUAUGUGAAUAUUUUAUGGGACAUAUGUUAAUUAUUUUAAGUUUGUUUUGAUUUCCUACUUAAAAGAUAUUUUGUUUUAAAAAGAAUAUUGUGAGAUAAAAAUAUUCUUUUUUUUUACCAUCAUGGUACAUUUUGUUUGUUUGAUUUUAUGAAAUUGUUAUUUUUAUGUUUUAUUCAUGAAAUAAAAACAUGCAAAUAUUGAACAAUUCUCUCUCU